AUUAUUUAAAAAUCGAAAUUUUCUGCACAAACAAAUCGAGAAUGAGUAAUCAGAAUAAUAUCUACGAAGCUGCCCACAAAGGCGAUUAUAAUACAGUCGUAGAGAAAGUAACAGAAGAUAACAAACUGGUAACACAACCUGACGGUAGUAAACGAAUCUUAAUACAUUGGGCUGUCUUAAGUGGAAAUGUUGAAUUGGUUAAAUUUCUUAUCGAGCUCCACUCGCCGAUUGACCCGUUUGACGAUACUGACACAACUCCUUUAAUUUUGUCAGCAUCUGCCGGAAAACUGAAUGUUGUCGAUGUUCUUUUACAGAAUAAUGCAAAUAUAAAUCAUAAAAAUGAACUCGGACACUCUGCCUUACAGUAUGCGUGCUCAAAGGGAUGGCUAGAGGUUGCAAAACUUCUAUUGGAGAAUAAAGCGGAUGUCAACAUAGCUGACUUAAGAGGGGCCACUCCUUUACACCGUGCUGCAUCUAAGGGAAAUUUAGAAAUUGUCAAAUUGUUAGUGGAAUGUAGUUCCCUGCAGAUCGACUCUCGUGACUAUUAUGGUAAUUCCGCGUUGCAUUUAGCAUGUGAGGAAGACCGCGUGGAUGAGGCCAAGCUACUUGUACAAAAAGGAGCGGACAUUAAUUUGACAAAUAAGGAGAGACAAACUCCACUUCAAUUGUGUACCAAGCAACUUGCAGCUGCACUUCUCGAGUUGGUUAACAAUCAAUCAAAUAUCUAAUCCUGUUUGCAAUUUGAAUAUAUAAAAUGCUACAUUUGUUAAAAUUAUAAGGUACAAUACGUAUUUACAGUAAAGCUAUUCUUGCAAA